UUUUAUAGGUUUUUAGAUUUUUAAUUUAUACAUAUAUAAUGUUGAUGUUGAAAAUACAUCAAACUCAUAUAUUUACAAAAAAAAGAAUGCUAAUUUUGAAAAGUUAAGUUACUAAUUUUUAGAUAAUACUACAAAAAUUUUAUUUUUUUUCGUUUUCGAUUUUUAACUGUAAAACCCUUCAACUAUGUUUAAUGUUGAAAUCUCCAAACUAAAGAUUUACCGGUAGUAAUGGUAAUUAUGACAUGCUAGGGUUUAAUUCAUUAAAUAAAAUUAGUUUGAGGGUUUUUUUUGUGAAAUACUUAAUUUGGGGUUUUUACCCAAAACAAACUUAGUUGAAGGGUUUUAACUUUAAAAAUCCUUAAUAAUACCAUUCCGCGAACUGAUUUAUCCUUUUUCGUUUUGGGUGUAACUAAUUACCUUUUUCCAAGCGUUAUUAACAUACUUGACAUACUAGAUUUGGUAAUAUUCCUUCUGUGAGAGAGACAUUUUAGUUGACAUAUGGAAAAUCGUGUAGGUGAGCAGACGUAUUUUUAAAUAACUGUAUCAUAAAGGGUUUUGAAAGCAUAUAUAUAUAUAUAUAUAUAUAAGGGAAUAAAAGACAGAAGCUGCUUUGUUGCAAAGGUAAACUAAUUGUGAAGCCUAUCUAUUCUUCUUCUUUUUCUUCCUAAUUAACAUAAAAAUCUUUCUCGUCCGAAAAUUACAAGUUCUUUCGAGCGAUGAUGGUGUCUUUCGUUGAAACCUUAAAGAAGCAGGAGGAAGCUGUUGAUGUUGUGAUCGUCUCCGCAUACUUGGUGGCUUUCUUUGUAUUCAUAAUUUCUUCCUUCCCUUACAAGCAACGUAUCCACGAUUGGCAACUUAAUGAAUUCCGAGUCGCUGUGUCAGAUCACAAAACUCUCCAAUGUUUGUUCUUAUUCCUCUGUGGCGCAAUAACACAUAACGACUGAAACACCCGCCCCUUCCCAUUUCCUACCGGGGUUCCUGGGCACGGGGUUUAGGACACACAUGUCUACUUUUCCGACAUCUCCGUGUGUCCCGUUUCUGGUCCCAUGAGUUUCAGGUGCAUUUCCUUCCUUACCGUCGACAUUUCCACUUAUAGUUCUACAAAAAUGGGAGAGGAAAAAGAGGGGUGAGUACUAAUACUCAGUGAGGCGAUUCUAGACCAGUCUCCCCCAUGAGCCUCUAUACGGCUCAAUGCGAAACGAGAACCGUCUAGUCACUACACUCAGUCGAUGCAACCUAUCAGCUAGUUAUUAAGUUUCAUUUCACAAUCAAGCACUGUAAUGAACUCAGUCAUCACUCAAUCCAUAGAAUUCAGUUUAAUAAUUUAAGACUUCCAUCAUCCUAGGACUUUAGGACCUACACAGCUCAAGCGGACCAUUCCUCCCCUUUUCUUGCUGCUUCCUGUGAAGUCGCCUGCCCUGGUAGGACCGCCGCCCAGUUCCUCGGGUUCGGUCCGCCUUUGCAGUGUAUUACGACCCCUUCCCGCCAAGACUCGGCGUGACUCAAUCUUACCGGCGCCUCUAUUCUUACCCUGCCAUUUUUAUCCGAUGCUAUGGCCCCGCAUCUCCGCCGUUUUUGAACGCUACGGCCGCCGCGUUUCAUUUCUUUCCACCCUUCCCCGGGUACUUUAUCCCACCCUUCUUGGGUCAUUUAUUCCACCCUUCCCGGGUACUUUCUAAUCAAUCAUUUUCUUUCCUUUUUCUUAUCAUUUCCUUUUCCUUAUUCUUUAGACUCUUUCUUUACUUUCAUUUCUAGACGCCACCCGUUCUCGGUGUCACACACAAUUCAGUAAACAACCAUCACACGGAUGUCCUACCAUUCAUCUAAUCAACCGGUUAACGUUUACUAUUAACCUACUUUUAAUUCUUUCUAAGCAUCCUAGCUUUCAACCACAAUCAAGAAUAGAUCAUCGACCAACCAAUCAUUCAUCAUUCAAAUAACCCAAACAAUCCAUUUACUGUCCUUAAUCAGUGCGAGCGUUCUUAUGCAGUAUGAUCUAUCAACCUAACAUCAAUCAGGAUUUAAACCAUCCUAAUUCCUCAUUCAACAGUAUACAAGAUCAUGAACAAGAUCUGGAAUAGAACACCUCACCUUAGCCUAGUUCUGGAUCUGGAUCUGAGAAUAGGAGGUAAGAGAAACGGGAUCUGAGAUCUAUGACACCACGCGGUCACCACCACCUCUCGCGGUUGCUCUCGGCGAGGAGAGAGAGACGCGACCGGGAGAGAGAGAAAGAGGAGAGAAGGAGUCGCUGCGAGGAGAGAGAAAAGAGAGACGCGGCGAAGAGAGAGAAGAAGUCGACGGCUAGGGCUUCCAGUCUCCGGGGAUUCUCUGCAGGGCUUCGCUUCUAGAUUUCUGAUGAGAGAAAAAGAAGUGGAGGCUUGCUUUUAUAGGGGAAGAGGUAGGGAAAACCCUAGGGUUUUCUAAUUGGGCUGCAGAGAACCCAUUAGCAUUUAAAAUUUUUAAAUGGGCUGGUUUUGGGUGUUACAAUUCUCCCCCUCUUAUUCGGAAUUCGUCCCGAAUUCCAAAUCUUCAGUUCGAACUUAACAUCCCAAAACUGGAGUGAGUUUCCAAACACAACCAAGGGAAGCACGAAAUGACAUCCUACUUGCUCAAGAUCAUUUAAAACCAACAAUGAAUUUAAUAAAUGAAAUGGAGUAGGACUACAAUAAAUAGAUAGGUCUCAAGGUAUCGCCAAAAUCCGCGAAUACCCUUAUAACAAGAAAAGAAAAGCUAAAACCAAAGAAGAAAAACCAUGUCCUACUCCUAUUAGCUGACCCUGGAAUCACAGCUAGCCACUUCGAACUGGAGACUUGGAAUUCGGGACGAAUUCCGAAUAAGAGGGGGAGAAUUGUAACACCCCAAAACCAGCCCAUUUAAAAAUUUUAAAUGCUAAUGGGUUCUCUGCAGCCCAAUUAGAAAACCCUAGGGUUUUCCCUACCUCUUCCCCUAUAAAAGCAAGCCUCCACUUCUUUUUCUCUCAUCAGAAAUCUAGAAGCGAAGCCCUGCAGAGAAUCCCCGGAGACUGGAAGCCCUAGCCGUCGACUUCUUCUCUCUCUUCGCCGCGUCUCUCUUCUCUCUCUCCUCGCCGCGACUCCUUCUCUCCUCUCUCUCUCUCUCCCGGUCGCGUCUCUCUCUCCUCACCGAGAGCAACCGCGAGAGGUGGUGGUGACCGCGUGGUGUCAUAGAUCUCAGAUCCCGUUUCUCUUACCUCCUAUUCUCAGAUCUAGAUCCAGAACUAGGCUAAGGUGAGGUGUUCUAUUCCAGAUCUUGUUCAUGAUCUUGUAUACUGUUGAAUGACACCGAGAACGGGUGGCGUCUAGAAAUGAAAGUAAAGAAAGAGUCUAAAGAAUAAGGAAAAGGAAAUGAUAAGAAAAAGGAAAGAAAAUGAUUGAUUAGAAAGUACCCGGGAAGGGUGGAAUAAAUGACCCAAGAAGGGUGGGAUAAAGUACCCGGGGAAGGGUGGAAAGAAAUGAAACGCGGCGGCCGUAGCGUUCAAAAACGGCGGAGAUGCGGGGCCAUAGCAUCGGAUAAAAAUGGCAGGGUAAGAAUAGAGGCGCCGGUAAGAUUGAGUCACGCCGAGUCUUGGCGGGAAGGGGUCGUAAUACACUGCAAAGGCGGACCGAACCCGAGGAACUGGGCGGCGGUCCUACCAGGGCAGGCGACUUCACAGGAAGCAGCAAGAAAAGGGGAGGAAUGGUCCGCUUGAGCUGUGUAGGUCCUAAAGUCCUAGGAUGAUGGAAGUCUUAAAUUAUUAAACUGAAUUCUAUGGAUUGAGUGAUGACUGAGUUCAUUACAGUGCUUGAUUGUGAAAUGAAACUUAAUAACUAGCUGAUAGGUUGCAUCGACUGAGUGUAGUGACUAGACGGUUCUCGUUUCGCAUUGAGCCGUAUAGAGGCUCAUGGGGAAGACUGGUCUAGAAUCGCCUCACUGAGUAUUAGCACUCACCCCUCUUUUUCCUCUCCCAUUUUUGCAGAACUAUAAGUGGAAAUGUCGACGGUAAGGAAGGAAAUGCACCUGAAACUCAUGGGACCAGAAACGGGACACACGGAGAUGUCGGAAAAGUAGACAUGUGUGUCCUAAACCCUGUGCCCAGGAACCCCGGUAGGAAAUGGGAAGGGGCGGGUGUUUCAAUUGGUAUCAGAGCCAGGUUAAGGUCUCUUAAUACUAACUUAAGGGAUCAGCAUUUCUCACCAUUGCUCAUUUCCCUUAUGGUUCUGUUAGACCGUCAUAGCUAAUGUUGAAGGAGAAUUCGAACAGCUCAGAGUUUCCGGCCGAGAUCGGGUUAACAAAAGUCUUCGUACUGCGGUGUAGUGGAGUUUCAGAGGUUCAGGAGUGGGUAACAAGGAGUUGUAGGGCAAGUAUACAGAGGGAUUAGCCGCCUAGCACGUCAAGUUAAAGGGGAAAUGGAAAGCCGGACAUUCGAGCUGGAGGGAAGCGUUUUCGCGGACGACACCGCCCCACACCGGGCCGGGGAGGCCGGGGAAGGAGAGACGGACGCAAGGCCGAGGCGUGCGCAGCUUCACGGAGGGAUUAAACCCUGCAAAAAAAUGGACUUCUGGCAUUCCGAUAUAACAGUCAAACUAGUUCCACAUAAAAAAAAAUAAUAAUAAUAAUAAAAAAAAAAAAAAAAGGAAGAAAGAGAAGUAUAGGCGCAGGUCCCACCAUCAGGGCGUGGGCCCGCCGACGAGGAAGGAGCAACACCGGGGCGGCCAAGGGACGGUCGGAUGCACAGUAGGAGAAAACUGAUUCCAGAUUAGGGUAACUAAGCUAAGGAUCAUCUUGGGGUAAAAAGGAUGAUGGAGGAUCAUCUUGGGGUAAAAAGGUUGAUGGAGAGUCAUCUUGAAGCAGAAUGCAAAAUGCUAAUAAGGAUAUGAGAGCUUCUUAGGGAAAAAGGGUUGACUGUAAAAAGGAUCAUCUUGGGGCAAAAAGGGAUGAUAAGAACCACACUGGGAUAUUGUCUGUUAAAGCAGCUCUAGUUUGAGAAUUAAUUGAAACACCCGCCCCUUCCCAUUUCCUACCGGGGUUCCUGGACACGGGGUUUAGGACACACAUGUCUACUUUUCCGACAUCUCCGUGUGUCCCGUUUCUGGUCCCAUGAGUUUCAGGUGCAUUUCCUUCCUUACCGUCGACAUUUCCACUUAUAGUUCUGCAAAAAUGGGAGAGGAAAAAGAGGGGUGAGUACUAAUACUCAGUGAGGCGAUUCUAGACCAGUCUCCCCCAUGAGCCUCUAUACGGCUCAAUGCGAAACGAGAACCGUCUAGUCACUACACUCAGUCGAUGCAACCUAUCAGCUAGUUAUUAAGUUUCAUUUCACAAUCAAGCACUGUAAUGAACUCAGUCAUCACUCAAUCCAUAGAAUUCAGUUUAAUAAUUUAAGACUUCCAUCAUCCUAGGACUUUAGGACCUACACAGCUCAAGCGGACCAUUCCUCCCCUUUUCUUGCUGCUUCCUGUGAAGUCGCCUGCCCUGGUAGGACCGCCGCCCAGUUCCUCGGGUUCGGUCCGCCUUUACAGUGUAUUACGACCCCUUCCCGCCAAGACUCGGCGUGACUCAAUCUUACCGGCGCCUCUAUUCUUACCCUGCCAUUUUUAUCCGAUGCUAUGGCCCCGCAUCUCCGCUGUUUUUGAACGCUACGGCCGCCGCGUUUCAUUUCUUUCCACCCUUCCCCGGGUACUUUAUCCCACCCUUCUUGGGUCAUUUAUUCCACCCUUCCCGGGUACUUUCUAAUCAAUCAUUUUCUUUCCUUUUUCUUAUCAUUUCCUUUUCCUUAUUCUUUAGACUCUUUCUUUACUUUCAUUUCUAGACGCCACCCGUUCUCGGUGUCACACACAAUUCAGUAAACAACCAUCACACGGAUGUCCUACCAUUCAUCUAAUCAACCGGUUAACGUUUACUAUUAACCUACUUUUAAUUCUUUCUAAGCAUCCUAGCUUUCAACCACAAUCAAGAAUAGAUCAUCGACCAACCAAUCAUUCAUCAUUCAAAUAACCCAAACAAUCCAUUUACUGUCCUUAAUCAGUGCGAGCGUUCUUAUGCAGUAUGAUCUAUCAACUUAACAUCAAUCAGGAUCUAAACCAUCCUAAUUCCUCAUUCAACAGUAUACAAGAUCAUGAACAAGAUCUGGAAUAGAACACCUCACCUUAGCCUAGUUCUGGAUCUGGAUCUGAGAAUAGGAGGUAAGAGAAACGGGAUCUGAGAUCUAUGACACCACGCGGUCACCACCACCUCUCGCGGUUGCUCUCGGCGAGGAGAGAGAGACGCGACCGGGAGAGAGAGAGAGAGGAGAGAAGGAGUCGCGGCGAGGAGAGAGAGAAGAGAGACGCGGCGAAGAGAGAGAAGAAGUCGACGGCUAGGGCUUCCAGUCUCCGGGGAUUCUCUGCAGGGCUUCGCUUCUAGAUUUCUGAUGAGAGAAAAAGAAGUGGAGGCUUGCUUUUAUAGGGAAAGAGGUAGGGAAAACCCUAGGGUUUUCUAAUUGGGCUGCAGAGAACCCAUUAGCAUUUAAAAUUUUUAAAUGGGCUGGUUUUGGGGUGUUACAACGACGGUUGCGCUCACCAUGAAACCGAACCGGUCGAUGUUGUGUUAAGGUUUCUGACCAAAAGUUUGUGGGGCAUCUUCUCUUAUGUGGUGCUUUUCAAGAUUUGUGUUAUUUUUCGCUCCAAGCCUUUGAAAUCAACCAUCAAGACAAAAGCCGAUGAGCAAUGACGGAUCUUUUAGCUGGGUUUCAUACUUGAACUAUAAGUUCUUAUUACCUGUUCAUUCUUCUUUCUUUUACUUAAUUAGCAUUUUCAUAUAUAAUCACUAUUUCUAUUCUUCUUUUUUUUGUGAUAAAUGUGAAUUUCAUUGAUAAUCAAUAUGCAACUGUUACCCAUUCUGCUUGUUAAAGCCAUUUGGGUGGCUAAAUGUCCCAAAAAAAGAUAAAAAGACACAUAGACCACACUUCAGCUUUAAUCAAGCCCCAAGAACCAUGAUUAGAGCUGUGACAAACUGAUGAAAUGAAAAAAAACAAUUUCAUCCUAGUUGAUCGAAGCACCAGGGGAAACGCUGGAACCCUAGGAACAGAGACCAUUAAAGGUUUAGCCAGGGAAUAACAGAGAUAUAACAGAGAGGCUGCCCCGAAGGCGACUCCAAAGGACUUUGGAGGAGGUUAGGUAAGUCCCUGCCCCAAAACAAGACCGGAGAAGCCCAAUCCAGACGCCAAUAACUCUAGAAGCCAACGAAUACAAGCCCUAUGGAAGUCAAACUGAAGAGAUACGAAGCCAGUAAGUAGAGCACUGGAGCGUCACUGACGGAAGGAAGCCGAUGUUCAUGGCUCUCGAUUCCGGUCCCUUCACGCAAGCAGACAACUCAAAGGAUUCCAGAGAUGAUAGCUUCAGAGAGGCAAGGCACAAACCAGGUUGUCUUCCUUCUAGGGCUGUGAAGAACUGAAGAACCAUAGCGAUCUUCCAAACUAUAGAAUUCAAAGAUUGUAUAAAAAUAACUCAAAACAUAAGCUGUCAAACAUUCAAUCUCUAAACUCAUAAGUUAUGACACAACUUGACAUCUCAUUAUAUAGAGAUUAAUAGUUCAUAAUCCUAUUAGGUAAUAUAUUUAGAUAACUUCUAACUCGGUAGGAUUAGGUUAUUAACUUGUAUCUCAAGUUUCCUUUUCUUUCAAGCUUAAUCCAGCAUUCUCCUAUUUAAGCUUGAAAUCCUUUCUUGACAAAUCUUGAAUAUCGAUGAGGUUUCUCAUUUAAGUGAACUUAAUCUUUCAUAACGCUUUGGUCAAUAUGUCUGCCUUUUGUUUAUCACCUGAGACGUGAUCCACACUCACUUGACCAUUCUCCACAGACACUCUUAUAAAAUGAUACCUUGAAUGUAUGUGUUUGCUUCUACCGUGGAAGACCGGGUUCGAUCUUGAUGACCACUCUCUCACAUGGUUGUUCGGUGCCUUCACAAUAGCUCUUGUAACCAUAUAGCUUGUUUAGCCACUUUAGUUUCUGCCAUAAACUCAGCCUCACACGGCGCUAAUGCAAUUUUUUCUUGUUUUGUGAGCACCAUGUGAUCAAGCUUUCGCCAAGAUAGAAAAUAUGGCAUGCAGUGUUGUUUCCAUCACUUUGUUCAACAUUAUGGCUGAUAUCACUUUACCCAACGAGCUUCGAUAUCUCUGACAUUGCACGUCUAAAAACCAAGCCGUACGAAGUAGAACCUUGAAGAUAUCUUAGACAAUGCUUCAUCUCAGCACCAUAUGAUUAUUUUGGUCGUUGCAUAUAGCGACUCAGUACUCCCACUGCAAACGAAAGAUCCUGCCUGGUGUGAAGAAGGUACCUAAAACACCCAACAUUCCUCCUAUAUACCCUAGCAACGAUAUAUCUUUCAUCGUCGGCUUUUGAUAGCUUCAUCCUGGACUCUAUUGGCGUAUGAUUUAUAUUGCAGUUCUUCAUUCCACCUUCUUCGAGGAUUCUUAACGCAUAACGUAUUUGGUUUAGAGUUAUUCCUCCCUCAUAUUGGCCAACCUCGAUUCUGAGAUAGUAUGUUAACUUACCAAGAUCGCUCAUGCCAAUUUUCGAUGCCAUCUCCCUAUUGAACUUUCCAAUGAUCUUUUUGUUUCCUCCUAUGAAAAAUAUGACAUUUACAUACACCGCAACAAAUAUUAGAGCAUUUUCACAAAAUUUCUGUAGACUGAUGGCUCUUUGGAACAAUUUUUAAAACCUUAAAUCGAGAAGAAUCCGAUUUAUUUUGUUGUUCUAGGCUCUUGUUGCAUGUCUUAAUCCAUAUAGAGCCUUAUGAAAUUUAUAGACCUUUCCUUUACUUCCCUUUACCUCAAAAACUUCAGGCUGCGUUACAUGGACACUCUCUUUUAAUUAUCCAUGUAGAAACGCAGUCUUGACGUCUAAAGGGUGCACUUCCCAUCCAUUUGUUGCUGCAAUACUGAUGAGUAGUGUAUAGUCUCUAUUCAAGCCACAGGCGCAAAUACUUCCUCGAAAUCUAUUCCACAGGCACAUAUCCUUUAGCAACUAACCAAGCUUUGUACUCGUUAACGGUUCCAUCAGAAUUGCGUUUAAUCUUGAAGAUCCAUCUUAGACCAAUCGGCUUUACACCAUACGGGAGAUCUAUUAAACUCCAAAUCUCGUUUUUAUGAUAGAGUGAAUCUCGUCUUCACACACCAUGUCAACUCAUUGAGUUCACUUGAUUCUCGAAAAUUCAUGGGCUCGUUGUUCAGGCACAUUAGCAAUAUUUCUACUUCUUCUUCUGCAAGUAAUACCUAGUUUUCUAUGUAUUUUGGUUUUGUAGGUUUGUCUAACUCAUUCCCAGUAUUUUUAAAUCACUUGUAUCUUCAAUCUCAUAUCCCUGUGGUGCCGUGCUCUUUUCCUUGAAACCGAUGAUCUUGUCGUCAGUUUGAUCACUCCUUCCUUUGAGUUGGUCAUUCUCGACGUUCUCUAUGCUAUUUUGAAUGUCGUGAUUCCUCAAAUCUCCUAGUGAGACCACAAAAUCUCUAUCGCUUUCUGAUAUCGUUCAAAUUACCCUAAAGAGUGAAUUUACUCUCUCAAAUAAGAGGUUCAAUUGCAGUACUUAGGGAUCGAAUCCACUAGGAGCUAGGGAACCUAAUAAAUCUAAUGAGAUUUGUUAAGUUGGAUGGUUUAAUGAUUAAAAUGUAAAUUUGCAGUUUUUGUUGAGCAAGUAAUUGCUCGAUUAAUUGGUUGAGGUUUUGGUGCUUAAAAGUAAAUAGCUAGACUUGGGGUUUUUAUUCAGGAAACUUGGAAUUAUAAUCUUACAGAUGUCUAAUGAGUUGCAAGCAUGAUAAUGUAGAGCUCAACUACUAAGCAACAAGCCAAUCUGCUCUCGUGUUUCUGGACUUUUCUAUUAGCUAGAUCUAAUGACCCAAACAAAUGUGUUCGAUCAAUAGCAAGUGUCGAUUGAUACACCUUUCACUCCGUCGAUCGAUUAUCCAAUAUGUAUAUCGAUCGAUGCGCUUAUAGUUAAGCUUUAUGCGCGGGUUGAAUAAUGCUCACUAAGCUCACUAGAUCAGCUCUCGUCUUACUCUUAGCAAGAAACUUAGCUCAAUUAGAAUAGUUUCAGGAUGAGAAUGAAGCUAUCGCAUUAAUCAAACAAUCCUAAGGCAAGUUCUAGGUAGCUAAUCUAGAAUCAGGCAUUAAUGACAAUCCUAAUGAUUAUUAUCACAACUCAGCAAUCUAUAGUUCGGGCUAAUCCCUCAUAACCUAUUUAAACUCUAAAAUCUAACAAUGAAACUACUCAGACAUGGCCAAGCAAUUCAUAACAUCAAUUAGGUAAGAAAACUUCAUUAGAAUAGUAAAUAAAUAUUAAUAGAGUUCCAAUUACAAAUAUAACUUUAGAUUUUCUCUCCAAUCUAUCAAAAUCCUAAAACCUUUUGCUGAUAAUAAUAAAACUAGAAACACAAGAAAGCACACUCUGCCUCUAACAUGGUGGAAAAGCUAAUAUAAUUAGGUUAAAACUCGUCUAGGGUAAUCUUGUAAAUUAGUGAAGACUUGGGCUUCAAGUCGGCUGUGACCAAAUGGGCUUUCUACGCGCUUCGCUGUCGAUCGAUGUUCUGAUGUAAACAUCGAUCGAUAUUUGUUCCUCAAUAUUGACUGAUGGUCAAGUUCGAUGGUCAUCUCGGCUGCUUGCUCCAAAUAUCUCCAAAAUGCUUCAAAAUCAUCACUUAUUUCCAAAUCACUCCUGGUCUUAUAAAUAUAAUAAAUAGACUCUAUAAUAUAAUAAUUAGAAGUAAAAAUACCUAUAAACCAUGGGUGAAAGUGAGUCAAAUCCAUGGUCUAUCACUUUCUGGCUCCGUGUUAUAUCUCUUUAAGUCCCAUUCCUUAGACUCAUCAAUCAUGACAUCCCUGCUUAGCACUAUUUUCGAGUCUCAGGGUCUAACAUCUGAUAUGCUUUUGAGCCUGGUUUUCUUCCUAUAUGAACGAGCAUACACGAUAUAUCAUCCAAUUUCUUUAGUUGUAUGUUUUAUAUUUUCGCAUAACCAAUGCACCCAAAGAUCCACAAGUGACUGAGGUUCGUUUUCCUCGCUUGAGAUACUUCAUACGGGGUCUUACCGGUGAGAGAUCGUGUGGCUAUACUGUUGAUCAAGCAUGCUGCAUGUCGUAUUGCUUCUCCCCAAAAGUAGUUUGGCAUAUGCAUGUGAUUUAGUACGCUUAUCGCUAUUUCCAUUAAGGUUAUAUUCCUUCUCUCCACCACUUUAUUUUAUUGUGGAGUGUAUGGAGCUGUGAGGUGUCUCUUUAUUCUUCACAGAAUGAGUUGAACUCUUGGGACACAAACUCUCCGCCUCUAUCGGUCCUGAAGGUGGCUAUCCUUUCACAUGUCUCUCGCUCUACAAUACCCUUUAGCUUCUGAAACUUUCAGAAUGCAUCACUCUUCUCCACUAGCAAGAUGGUCCACAUAUAUCUCAAGUGGUCAUCAAUAAGUACAAAGACAUAUCUAUUUCCAGCCACCAUGCUUGGUGUUAUAGGACCGCAUAGAUCCCCAUGUAUGAGCUUGAGAGUUUUGGUUGUCUUGAGGGAACACUUGCCUUGUUUGCUUCCCAAGCAAGCAAGAUGAGCAGACUUCCUUAGUAACUUGAACAAUCGGGAUACCACUAACGAGCUCCUUUUCUAUCAUCGUUUUCAUCGUGGAGAGGUUGACGUAUCCUAGUCUUGCAUGCCAUCGAUUUCAUUCACUUAUCUUUGUUAGGUAUAGAUGUGUAGUGUCUCGAAAUCCCAUAAAACCUUGUACAAGCAAUUAUUUGAUCUAUUUGCCUUGACAAGUAAUCUUCCAUUGUGAUCAUGCAUAGUUAGAUAUUCUCCUCUCAGUCGUACAUCACAACCCGACUUUGUUGAUUGACCUAGACUAAUGAUAUUACUUCUUAAAUUGGGUAUGAAGUAUACAUCAGUCAUUUUUCUCGGUUCACCAUUCAUAUCUAUGAAUGAUAUAGUGCCUUUACCUUUGAUGCCGAUUCACGAAUCAUCUCUAAAUCUUACUUUUCCAGUGACUGAGCUAUCGAGUUUAUAAAAGUCUCUCCAGUCUCCUGUCAUAUGAUUACUUGCUCAGUUAUCUAGGUACCAAAUAUCUCCCUUGUCGGCGUUUGUCUCAUAUUUGCCAAGGAUCAAAUUCUUCUCAUUCAGAAAAACUAUUUCAUGCAUCAUUAGUUCAUCUGCAUCUUGUGUAUCAUUACCCUCAUACUCUUGAGCUUCUUGCAAUUUGAGUAAACGAUCAGGGCAAUGCGACGCGUAAUGACCUAUUUUAUUACAGCGAGAUAGCAUGUAAUUUUUGAUGCAUCUAUUGGUCCACAGAAGCAUCAUCGGCCCUGUCCUCCGUAAUAGAACCUUCCUCUACGUCCUAUGCUUUGAAAAUCCCUGUUAUAGUCACAAUUUGAUUGUGGUGUCUGUGAUUCCAUAUUUGUAUACAUCAACUUGCUCUGGUCCUCUUGUGAUUCUUCUUCCUCGAGGAUUCUCUCUUCAUAUGCUUUGAGUCGACCAAUAAUGUCAUCGAAACUGGUAUUAUUAAGAUCCAACACUUGGUCAAGCGACGCCACAAUAUGUAUAUAUUUUUUCGUGGAAGGAUUUUUUAACCAAUUUUGGUUCCUCCGUACUUUCUUCUAGGGCUGCCAAUUUUGAAGAUAUUUCAGCUAGCUUUCCUCAAAAGUCAUCAAUUGUCUCAGUAUCUUUCAUCUUCAGGCGAUCGAACUCAUUCAUUAAUGUUUGUAGUCUCGCUUCUUUAAAUCUUUAUGCUCCAACAUGCCUUGCUUUGAUUGCUUCCCAUAAAUAUUUUGCAGUGUCGAGCUCUCUGACUUGCAAAAUUAGCAGUUCGAGUAUUGAUUGAAACAAAAAAGCAAUGGCCAUAUCGUUUUUAUCCCCUCCGGUCGAAUCUUCUUCUAUAACAUCCCAAAAUUUAUGAACUUUAAGUGCAAUCUUCAUACUUAUAGCUCACACCAUGUAGUUUGUUGAGUUAAGUGUAGGACAUUGAAUAGAAGAUAAUCCUCCACCUUCUUUUGGUUUUCCGGUCGCUAUAACAAUCUCACUCAUAUCUUCCUAAGGCUCUGAUACUAAAUAUAGAAUUCAAAGAUUGUAUAAAGAAUAACUCUUUAUUUCUUAAGAAAAUAACUCAAAACUUAAGCUCUCAAAUCUCUAAACUCAUAAGUUAUGUCACAACUUGAAAUCUCCUUAUAUAGAGAUUAAUAGUUCCUAAUCCUAUUAGGUAAUAUAUCUAGAUAACUUUUGAACAUAUUAUAAAUUCUAACUUCCAUAACUCGGUAGGAUUAGGUCAUUAACUACUAUCUCAAGUUUCCAUUUCUUUUAAGCUUAAUCCGACACAAACAAAACAGGCAGCAUCGAAAUGAAACCGCCAAGUUAUGUUGUUUCAAAAUAAAACCAGGAGAUGUCCUCGGCGGUUUCCUCACAUUUUUCAACUUUGAUCUCAAUAUGAGCAGAAAAGCUCUACAAAAUUUUAGAAAACAGAGAUAGUGACAGAGCAGAGAAAGACGAUCCAACCUGGGAACACAGAGGUAUGCCUGAGCAUUCGGGUCCUUGGGUUUGGGUCGGGUCUUGUCGGGUCUGGGUCUGAGAUGUUUAGACCCAAUAAGGUAACUAGAAUUUUUUGGUUUGGGUCCUAUCGGGCCGGAUCAGUUCGGGUGUUAGAUAGUUGGACCCAAUAGGGUCAUUAGAGUUUAUCGGUUUGGGUUCGGUUCAGUUCCAGAUCAGGUUUGGUUCGGGUCCUGUCGCUUCCGGCCCAAAACAAAUACUCAAACACACACAAAAUACCUAAAAAUAUUUAAAUACACGAAAAAUAUCCAAACUUUUAUCUAAAAUCUGACCCAAAGACAUGAAAAAUACCUGAAAUGUUAUCUGUUUAUCCGAAUUAUAUUUUUGAAAAUCUAAAUUUUUACCUGAAAUCCGAAUUCAUAUCCGAAAAUUCAAAUCUGAAACUUAAGAAAUACCCAUAAUACCAAACAUAUACUGAAACACCCAUAUAUAUCUAACAUAUACUAGAAGUUUCGGGUAUUUUGGGUACCCCAUCGGUUCUCGGGUUCGGAUCAGGUCGGGUCUAAAACCCGCGGGUCCUCCACAACAAGAUCCAAUAGGGUAAAAAGAUCGGUUAGGGUUCCUACCCAAACCGGGAAUUUUUAAGUCGGUUUCUGGUCGGGUCCUCGGGGCCGGGUAAAAUACCCAGGCCUACAUAGAGGCAGCGACGCUCAUAUACAUGGGCGAAUUCUUCAAGACCAAACCUGAUCCACAUUUAGUCCGUACUAAAACUCCGAUCUGCCAUAAACCGAAGCAAAUCUAAAAGAGAUCAGUUACAUACGUCCUCGCCAACACUCUAGGGAGGUCGAAGACACCCUCAAACUCCGAUUUGGUCCUCCAAGCCCGACUGCGACCAGAGGAGAUAUAGAAAUGAUGAAGCAAAGUGAGAGAAGAAACUGAGUUAACUCAUAGACAUAAAACGGAAAAAUGGGUGGUGACUGACGGCGAGAAACAGAGCCACCGGCCACCAUAAAGUAUUCUGCAAGUGACAAUGGAGAGAAGAGAGGUGAAGGGGGAGAGAGUUUUCUCUCACCUUGAUCUAUUUUUUUUUAUCUUUUAUAGUCACUAUUUCUUUCUUCAUCGUUUUAAUUAGUUUAUUAUCAUUUAUAGUGAGCUAUGCUAAUUAUAGGAAAAAUCGGAUAAAAAUCUUGAAAGUUGUAUUUACUGACAAUUUAAACCUUAAAGUUUUUCGACUAGCACUUUUAACAUUCAAAAUUAUAUUUGUAUUAUAAAAAAAACUUCAACCUGACUUACUUGUUCGUCAAGUAAAAACUGACCUGUUGUACAGAUAAAACCGAUGAUGUGUCGAUUUUUUCCUCCGAAAAACAAUGAUUUAAUUAAUAAAAUCAAAAAAUAAAAUAAAAAAUAAGAAAACUAAAUUAAAAAAAAAUCAUAAAAUUAAAAAUUUACAAAAAAUUCAGAACACAAAAAAGAAUUAGAUUAUUCAAAAAGUCAAAACAAAAUUUUAAAAAUUAAAAAUAUUUCAAAAAAAUUACAAAAUUAUUUAAAAAAAAACAGACAUAUCAUCGUUGAAAGUAAAAGUUUCAAAUAUAUCAUUGUUAACGAUGAUGGUUUGUCACAUAACCAUUAACAAUGGUUUUUGACGUAUUUUCCAACGAUAGUUUCCGACAUCAUCGUUGAAAUUGGUAGGUAUGUCAAUAGUGACAUUUUUAACAGCCAUCAUUGUCAAUGAUGAUAUGCUUAAUGCAUGUGUUACACUAAUUUUUAAACGAUUAAAUGUCACUUUGAUGGUUGUCAAAACAUCGUUAUUUACAUAUCUAAGUUUUAAAUGAUGGUUUUCAAAAAUAUCCUUACUGGCAUAUCUACCGUCAUUUUCAAAGAUGAUGUUGGCAACUAUGGUUGAAGUUAUGUUAGACACCGUCAUUCUUAAUUGUUAUAUGAGAAACGAUUAUCAUCAUCAAUGAUAUGUUUGAAAUGUUAUUGUCAACGAUGAUAGGUAGUUUUCUUACAAAUAAUCUUGUAAUAAAAAAAUAUUUUGAUUUUUUGAAUUUUUUUAAUUUUCUAAUUUUUAUGAAUUAUAUGAUUUUAUCUUUAAUUUUUCUUCAAUUUUCUGAAUUUUUGUUUAAUUAAUUUAUUUUAAUAUAAUUUUAUUUUGUAUUGAAUUUUUAUUUAGUUAUCUUAAUUUAAUUUAUAUUUUGAUUUUUAAUUUAGUUUUCUGAUUUUUUUUAAACGUGAAUUUUUAUUUCUUACAUUACUUAAAUAAUUUGUUUUUGAAAAAAAAAUUUUGACACAUCCUUGUUUUUACCUGUAGUAUAUAUCAGUCUUUAUUUGACCCCAAGAAUGGAUUAGAUCGAAAGGACUUUCCUACCUUCUUACUUGAUGAACAAGUAAAUCAGGUUGAAGCUUUUUUUUUAUGAUAAAAAUGUCCAUUUGAAGUUUAAAGGUGCUAGUCGAAAAACUUCAAGCGUUUAAAGUGUAAAUCAGUGUCAUGUUCAGGGUUUUUAUGUAAUUUUCCAGUUAAUUAUAUGAACUGAUAAGAAAAUUUAUUAUGGUUCUAGUCUCUUCUCCUUCAUUCUAUUUUUCUUUUCUCUCAACCCUAGUGGUCACCAAGAAAAAAAAACCGGUUCACCUUCUCCGGCUUCCGGUGAAUCUUGUCGGAGCUGUGAGAGGGUCCAUAAACUAGGUCUGUAUAGGCUUUAACGGUGUUGAGGAGAUCCUUUGAUAUUAUGGGAAUAUUAUGUGCUGCUGUUUGAGUCUGUCAUUUCUCUGGUGUUUUGAUUGAUUGGCUUCACCAAAUCUCAAUAUUUUUCUGGUGCGCGGUGCAAGUACCGCCGGCUCUGAUGUGAAUUGUUAAUUCUUCCAUUGGAUUUGGUGUGGCAAGUUUCAUGAGAGUCAGUGGUGGUCUGUGAUUUGGUCCUUUGGGUUCAUAUCUUCCCUGUUUCUAGCUUGUCCAAGGACAUUGGUGUUUGUCUUGUCCUUUGGCUCUUACGCGGGGAUUACUUUCUUCUCGUUCUCUUUGGUGUGGAUCAUGUCUCUUGAUUCAUUCGGUUUUGAGUAUCUAUGGGACUUUGUGGCUGUCAUUUCUGUAUUUUAUUAUGUCGUCAAUGGUUUUCUUUCGGAUUUUCUAUGGAAGCAACAUGUAUUUGCUCAAGUAUUCACCCAAUGGUUUUAGUCCAUGUUCGAAAACUCGCUAAGCGUAACGCGUGAGGUUGGUCCGGGCCUAGCGAGUUAUUGAAAAAUUGGAAAAAAAGCGGAGAGUACGCGGGGACUAGUUUUACUUAAAAAUUUAAUAUUUAAAAUAUUUUAUAUGAUUGUUUAGGGUGAGUUUGGUCUCGGGUGAAGUAAACAAUACUAGAAAUGGGUCGAACAGAGGCGUUUAUUAGAUUUCGAGAUGAUGUUACAAAGGUGGAGAAAGUAAAAGCAAGCCGGAGCUCGUGAGAGCUUAAACCGGAAAAGUACAAAUAGCAGAGAGAUGAUUGUACGGAUGAUAAACCCUAAUCUCGCCGCUAAGUUUGUGUAGCUAAGUGUCGAUGCCUUUCUCCUUUGCUUUCCUCUCCUUUUAUACUCUGUUCGAUUACCUUAACCUAAUCUCCUUUUACUGAUUGGGCUUCGUCGGCCCUUCGGGCCUGACUAUGAGAUGCUCGCUCUGAGCCGCUUAGUCGAUUAGUCCCGCUUCGCUUGCUCUCUGCUUCGACUAACGGCGUUCCCUGGUUAAGUUAAAGCCUCGAGAAUCGGCUUCUGCGCCGACGUCGACUCGGUUUGCUGGACUGGGCCCUUUGUUCGAUGGGCUUUGUGGAUGGGUUAAAUCCAUCCCCAACAGUAAGUCCCCCCCAGUUCAUUGAUGGUCGAGCAUUCGAUCUUCGAUGAAUUUGGUGUCUUUAGUUCGGAGAACAAAAGGUUCAAUCCGAGCAAGUGACUGAUCGUUGAGGAGUCAAUCCGUUUAAUCAAUGCUUCUCAAUCGAGGGAAUGGAUUGACGCAUCUGUUUAUCACGCGUUGCGAUCGUGAGAUAAACGCUUACGGGUCGAGAAGACGGAUCGACGCAUCUGUCGAUCACGCGCCUAAUUGGGUUUAGGCCCACUUAGGCCUUAUUAGGCGUAAUGAUGACGCCUUGAUCCCUGCGCUUAUCUCUCCCUAUAAAUAGCGCACCCCUCUCCACUUCUUUUCAUUUUUCUCCGCAGCGCUAAAGGUACUUUCUCUCUCUACGCUCUUUCUCUCUCUACGCUCCUUCUCCCUCUUUAUCUCUGUUUUUAGAUCUACGAUUAUCCGAGAUGUCGUCAUCUCAUCGUUUGACGCGAGAACAAAAGGGAAUGGGGGCGGUAUCUUCUCGGGAUUCUGCCGAGAAUCCUGACGGUAUCCAUCACGAAGCGAUGAUGGAUACGGGAAAUAUGGAUUUAUCGCAGCGUCUUUUGGUCUCGGAAGCAAGAGAACAAUUCCGGGGUGACGACGACGGUCAAGAAGCGGUCGAUAUCUCGAUUGUUCCGAUCAGCUACUACCCCGGGAACAUCUUCGCCGAGGAGAGCCCACUGGAGGUUUGGAGAAUUCGACCUUCGGUCGUCGAUGGACAGGAUUGGUCCAACGUCGAGAGGACGAAGUCCACCGUGGAGUCGGUGGAGGCUAUCCUCCGAGAUCUCAACGCACACGGGGUCUCGUUCAUUAUUCCAAAGCGGGAUCAGAGACCUUGGUCACCUCCGAAGGGGUAUCAGUGCAUUUACGAGUCAUAUUUCCGGAACGACACGAAGUUGUGGUUCCCAAUUCCUCGAAUUGUCACGGCUUAUGCGUUCCGCAGAGGAGUCGCUUUAAGCCAGUUGAUGAACGGUUCUCUCCGGUUGAUGGUCGUUUUAUCGGUGAUUGCGGCUGAGGCAGGGACAUCGAUGAGUGUGAGGUCGUUUGAAGAGUUGACCUCAGUUUCAAUUUCCGACGAUGGGCUCGUCUCGACGAGGAUGCGCCCAAACUACAACGUGGUCACGGGGUACCCGACCAAAGCCUCAGACUGGCAGCGUUCGUACUUCUAUGUGAAGUCGAACAGGUCAGCGUUCGAGGAGCCUCCGAAGUCUGGUUAUCGCGUUCUUUGGAAUGCGGAGAUGGGUACUGCACACUGUCUUCUGUGACGAUUGUAGCGUGUGCUCGUCUAACGUGUAUCUCUUUUUUUUGUAGUUGGUCAUCCGAAUCUUGCCACGUACCCUGAGGAUUGGAAGGAGAGUGCUCGGGUUGUUGCGUUGCAGAAACAAGAUCACUGGGAGGAUUUUACUCGGGAGAGAAUUCAAAGAUCCGUAGAUCGGAUUGCUAGUCGUGAGUUUUUUUUUUAUUUCCCUUUUACAUUUCCUAGCAAGUGAAUAGUACUCAUUAAGAGUUUUCCUUUGCAGAGCAUUGGAUCUCAGACUCGCUUCCUCACAUCAAUCGAUCGACUUCGAAGCGACUGUCCCUUUUCACGCAAGCCGAACAGAAAGAGAUCAACCGGGCCCGAACAAUGAAGAAAUUGCCGGAUCUUAGCCUUAUUGUGGCGGGGAAGAUAGGUACCAAAAAAGGAACCUCAGGGAGCAAGGUAGCCCCCUCCAAGCCGAGAGUUGCUGCUACUACUCCUGUCGCCUCUGAACAAGCGCUUGCUGGCGUCUCUUCUCAACAAAAGAAUUUCCAGAAGAAGAAGAAGGAAGUUGAUGCUCGGAGGGAAUCUAAUGAAGAGAGGGAUACCGAGCGCGCUGGUGCAGAAGGUUCCUCCAAGAAAGGAAGCAAGAAGAGGAAGGCCGGGGAUCUGUCUUCCGGCGAUAUGCCCAAGAAGAAGAAAACAAAGAAGAAAGAUUCCGCUGUGCCUCGUCCAUCUUCUGUCUGCGAAGAAGAGCUUCAGGAGUUGGUUCCCGAAGUCGCUCCGGAGGUCGGGACUUCUGACGACGAGGAUGAGACCAUUGCUCUGCGUCAGCGGAGGCGGGAAAAAUGAUCUGUCGAUGGGGGCUCCCGGAGGGUCUCCGUAGGUGAUCAGGGUGUCUCGGGAAAUCCGAAAGAACCCUCAGAUUCUGAAGGUCAGCGAGGUCAUGCGCUCGGUGACUCUCCCGCCCUCAUUGCAGAGGGAUCCGAGACUCGCGUGAUUGGUCGUCCAAAGGAAACCCAGAAGAUGGGUUCAAAUUUGAAUUCAAACGCGACCUUCCGCUGGCCUUUCAUCCCGAAGACUGUGGCCGGCUGUUGCAAUUAAUCAAAGGCGGUCCCGACCAGCUUCCCCCCGUGAAAGAUCUUGUUUUCAGAGAUGAGUACGAGCAUGCUGCUUCCUCGUCUAUAAAGGUACAUGUACAUUCAUCUUUCUCUGCUGCUUAAUGGAUAUUUUUUUAACUUUCUCUUGUUGUUCUCAAACAGAAUCAAGGCGAUUGGAACGUGCUCGUGGAGAAGUACGACACAGCUCUGAAGCGUUCCAAAGAACAGAUUCGCGCGGGCGAAGAAGCAAGGAAGAAGUCCGAGCAAGCUCUUCGAGUUGCACUGCGGGACAAGAAUGACGCGAUUGCUCGGGAGAAGGCGCUUAGGAAGGCGUUUGACGAGACGAGGACAGCUGACGCGGCGGAGUUGCAUUUAUGCAAGCAAAUGAUGACGGACCUCGAGAAUGCGGUGGACAAACUUCAGAGGGAUAAAGCUCUUCUUGAAAAAACGAGAGCCGCGGAGUUGGUCAAGUAUGCGGAAGAGAUGAACAGACUCCGUAAGUCUCGUAGAUACGAAGUCACGCAUGAGAGGAUCCGUGUGAUGAUUGCUAUGAUCGCCAAAGCGGAGAAGCGCUUUCAUCGGAUUUCUCUUCGUGAGGAUCAGAAGGACAAGUAUGAUGAUGCGCCGUGUUUGCAUAGUCAAGCCUUCGGGACGAGGAAGUGCCUUGAGCAGAUUAAAGAGUCGGGCGUCGAAAUUACCCAAGAGACUAUCGACUUCUUCGCCGGGCAAGAAAAAUAUUAUGAGGGGGAGGCAGUUCGCUUAGAGGUGAAAGAGAUUCCAAGGGAAGAUCUUCGCCUUUCGCCGUUGGUGCUUGAGUCUCGGUUCUUAAUCGAUGAAAUUUGGCGGCAAAUCGACCCGUUCGGAUCGAACGUUGAUUUAAUUGACUCUGAAGCCGCCGCUGCUCUCCGUACUCCCUUCGUUGAUCGAGCUUCCCGAUCCGAAGAUCUUAUGAGGGAGCCUUCUGCGACCGCCGUCUCUGCCACGCGGAAUGCCGAUGAGGAUGUCAAUCUUGCGGAGCGGAAGUCGGCUGACGCUGCCGUUCCUAAGGAUGGAAACGUGCCGACCAUUGUCCUGACCGACUCCCCAGCAAAGGCGUCUAAGAACGUGAGUUCAUCCACGUCCUCUUCCGAGGAUCCUGUGAGGAAAGAUGACGCUCCGGCUGAUCGUUCGAUAGAAGCGACUACGGCGAAUGUGGAUCUGUCGGCUCAAACGAAGUUCGGGCGUGUCUCGGGUCCUGGGGAGGAAGACGGUGACGGCGGCAAGAAUCCUCCCGCCGGUGAUGAAUAGAAUCUGCUAUCUGUUGUACUUUUCUUCAUUUUACUCUUAGAAGACUCCUUUACUCCUU